AUGGGAGCAGUUGGAAAAGCAAGAGUAUUUUUGUGGACAUUCACUAUAUUGAUUAUGGUGGCAGGUAGUUUAGGAUCGAUUAUAUACAACAAACCAUUGGGUCUAAAAGGUUUUGGUAACAAGACUAUACUGGGAACUGUAUAUUGGAAUGCCGUCAUUGCCCUGAAUGCCAUAUACUUAGUUGGUACUGGUCUGGAGAUCAUCAGUAGAGCUUACCUUGUUAUGGUCGGUUCAACAUGUAGUGAACAACGUAGACAGUUCCUCUGUUGUUUCCUUUACUCAAUGUCCAAUUGGUGGAAACUGAUGGUUAUCAUGGGAGCCAUUAUACUUGUUAUUGAAGGAGCAUUGACUGGUGUUAUGAUCUGGUUAGAGACCUUUGCAAAGAUUGAUAUCAUUAGACUUGCAAUCACCGAUGGUAUUACAUUGCUUCAGUUGUUCUUCUCAAUCAUCAGUUUGGUUGUAUCGAAGCGACUUCAAAAGAAACAGGACGAAGAGGAGGAGCAACUCUACGGUCAGAUCAAGGAGGAUUACAAACAGAAGGACCUACCACCUGCCACCAUCAAGUCUGCAAGUGAGCCAGCUGGUAUCGUCAGGUCCUAG